UUUAGUUUAAAACAAGUUAUAGCGUCGCAUAGCUCACAUUUAGUCAGUUAUUUUAGUUAGUUUGUUUGGUCACCCCGUUAAGUUAAAAAAAAGUAAGGAUCAUGUACAAUCCUGGAUAUCAGGUGGACGUCAUCGACCCAUACUAUCCGCCGCCAGUGGAAGUUAUUGAAGUGAUGCCACCGCCAAUGAUGCAACCGUCAUAUAUACAACCCGCUGUGGUUGUCACACAGCCCCAGACGGUCUAUGUGGAGGAUUCAUCGGGUCCGACGGCGGAACAAAUGGAAUGUUGCCUUAUGCUGGGAGCCUGUUGUGUCAUGGAAGAAGCGGGCUGCGUUAUUUUAUAAAGUCGUUGUAACUCUAAGAAAUGUGAAAAAGUGUUAAGGAAAUUCUUAUGUAAAUAUAAAUAUUAUCGAAAUCAAAAAAAAAGAAAUCAAAUA